CGUCCAGACGGCAUGGAGAAGGACGGCCUGAGCCGCGCGGACCAGCAGUACGAGUGCGUGGCGGAGAUCGGGGAGGGCGCCUAUGGAAAGGUGUUCAAGGCCCGGGACCUGAAGAACGGAGGCCGGUUCGUGGCGCUGAAGCGUGUGCGGGUGCAGACAGGCGAGGAGGGCAUGCCGCUCUCCACCAUCCGCGAGGUGGCGGUGCUGAGGCACCUGGAGACCUUCGAGCACCCCAACGUGGUCAGGUUGUUUGAUGUAUGCACAGUGUCACGAACAGACAGAGAAACCAAACUAACAUUAGUGUUUGAACAUGUUGAUCAAGACCUGACCACUUAUUUGGAUAAAGUCCCGGAGCCUGGAGUGCCCACUGAAACCAUAAAGGAUAUGAUGUUUCAGCUUCUCCGAGGUCUGGACUUUCUUCAUUCUCACCGAGUAGUGCAUCGUGAUCUAAAACCUCAGAACAUUCUGGUGACCAGCAGCGGACAAAUAAAACUGGCUGACUUUGGCCUUGCCCGCAUCUACAGUUUUCAGAUGGCUCUUACCUCAGUGGUCGUCACGCUGUGGUACAGAGCUCCAGAAGUCUUGCUUCAGUCCAGCUACGCCACCCCCGUGGACCUCUGGAGUGUUGGCUGCAUAUUUGCAGAAAUGUUUCGUAGAAAGCCUCUUUUUCGUGGAAGUUCAGACGUUGAUCAACUUGGAAAAAUCUUGGAUGUAAUUGGACUCCCAGGAGAAGAAGACUGGCCCAGAGAUGUCGCCCUUCCCAGACAGGCUUUUCACUCAAAAUCUCCUCAACCAAUUGAGAAGUUCGUAACAGAUAUUGAUGAACAAGGCAAAGACCUACUCCUGAAGUGCCUAACCUUUAAUCCGGCCAAAAGAAUAUCUGCCUACAGUGCCCUGUCUCACCCCUACUUCCAUGAUCUGGAGAGGUGCAAGGAGAAUCUGGAUUCCCGUCUGCCUCCCAGCCAGAACAGCUCAGAGAUGAAUACAGCCUGAGGUCCUGACGGCCAUCUUGAGCUGAUCACCGGGAGAACACCCCUGGGGGCUGAUGGGCCCCCCCCUGAGUAAGCCCCGCAGAGCCACUGAGGAUCACUGGCUGGGGACCUUCUAGUUGCCGUCGUCUGGACGGGCUCUGCUUCUCCAUGGAAACCGCCUAGUUUACUGUUUUGAAAUCAAUGCAAGAGCGAUUGCAGCUUUAUGUUCAUUCGUUUAUUUGUUUGUUUGUUUGUCUGUUUGUUUGUUUGUUUGUUUCAAGAACCUGGAAAAAUUCCAGAAGAGAAGCUGCUGACCAAUUGUGCUGCCAUUUCAUUUUUCUAAUCUUGAAUGCUGCCAGUGUGGAGUGAGCAAUCCAGGCACAGCUGAGUUAUGAUGUAAUCUCUCUGCAGCUGCCUGAGCCUGCUUUGGUACUUUUGAGUGAGAGUGUGCACGCGCGUGUGCAUGUGCAUGCAUGCGUGCGUAUGUGUGUGCGUGAGAUUCUUGAUUUCUUAAAGUGUUACUUUCUGUAAACAACAAGAAUAAUUGAAUUUUAAAGACUCAAAGUGACCUAUAAAUAACAGGUGUCUAUUGACUAAAGGUGAUUUACCAGAAUGGGCUUCUCAAAUUACACAGUUGAACCUAUGUCCUCAGAAUUUCUUUUAUGGCCAAAAACAGUAAAUUUGUUAGAAGUAAAACAUUCACUAUCUAGAUGAAGUUUUAUACACACAACAAAAGGAAAAAAAAUGCUAGUAUCUUUUAAGAGACCUGUUUUUUAAAGCAUACACUCUAUUUACUCUUGAUAAAAGCUGAAAAUUACUCACUGUAAGUCCAUUUUAACCUGUAUUAUAUGCUUUGUUAUUUCUUUUGAAAAACACCCUAUAAGCUUUUUCUUACUUGCUAUAGAUUUAGGGAGUGUACCUCAAAUAGGUAAAAUGGUCAAAAAAAAAAAAAAACAAUUAGAGAAAGCCUUUAUUUCCUGAUUUGAAAUCUGUUUCCUUUUUGGAUUCUGUUGUUACUUUAUUUUGUUUUUUUGAUUUUAGGAAUUUGUCAGAAACUGUUUCCUGUUUUGACUCAGAGAAUAGCUUUCUCUGACGAGACAGGAAUACCAUUUAAGUUUUCCCUAUUACACUGUACUUUUUCUGCCAUGCACUGCCUUGUUUGCAGAGUUUCCAUCUUAUCUCCUAGGGCCUCUAGUAUAUAUUACUACCAUUACAUAACUAAUAACAGAUUGUUUAAGCCAUUCCCAUGCACCUCCUGCUUGCUUUCUUUCAGUGAACCUUUUGUAAAUAGUUAGAUUCAGAUUGUGGCUUAAUGGAUCCAAUUUUUCAGCCCUAACAGGGUCCUCUAGGCUCUCACUCCAGUGUGAUCUUCCCAGCCAGCAUUUGUUGUUGUUCCCUAGGCAGUGAGUGGAGGAUUGGCUCUUCUCUAUCACCAGCACAUAGAUCGCCUUAAACUGUUACUUAGUGUUUUACAAUUUUUUUAGAAGAUGUCCGUGUAGAAUCGGAGAGAAUGUCUUUAACUAUUUUUUUUUAGACGUAUAUAUUUACCCUAUAAAAUGAUCUUUUCUCCAUCUCCCAGGCUGUGCUUAUUUCCAGUGCCUGUGCAUACUCCCUCUCCAUGCAGAGCCAGCCUGACCUGGGCAUUGUGAACAGCUUUACGUUUUCUCUCGCCAUUUUCUCUACCGUUCUUUAUAUUUCAUGUCAUCUCUGCCUUAUGUGUGGUUAGUACUCAGUUAGCUCAAGUAACCCGAAGACACAGAGAUGAAGUAUCCUUUUGGAAGUUUAGCUGUCUUUGCUCUCUGACUCAUGUUUUGAGUACAUGCAACAGAUAGGCUAUGUUUAGAGUUAAGGUUGUCAAAGAAUGAACAUCGCUUCACUCAGUAGAAAAUGUUCCAGUUGAUGUUUAUAUAUUGUCUAGCCUUACUGAAUUCUUCACAGCUUAAUAUUCUAUACUACCAUGAUGAACAAGGGAAAAAUUAAGACUUUUCUCCUUGAAAGCUUUUUGGGUUGGAAAUUACUCUUUUUUUAAUAUGUAUAUUGUUUAACAUUUUUCUAAUUCAGUAACUUGAAGAGCAGGAAAAUUGGUCUAAAGCUAGAUAUGAAUGAGAAGAUGGGCCACAAGAAUGUUUGAUGCUUUCUUCCUUGUUGACAAUAUUGCUUAUGUUUUGUCAUCACUGUAAAUGCUUGAGAUAUAAUGAAUCCAUAGCAGUCGGGGCAAUGUCUCCCCUGGAAAAGUGAUUUCUGCCUUUCCUUUGAAGACAUUUUUUGCUGGGCCCUAGAAAUUCAAUUUUAAAACUCAAUAUAAGUACUGAUUUCAUCAUGUGCUUUCUGGUUAGUAUCCAUGGCUAGAGUGAACAUAAGUUGAGUUUCUGCUUUUUUCAGGUUUUCAGAAGUUCUCUCAAGAAAAAUGCAGCCGUUCUGAACUGGAAGUUUUCAGCAUUCUUGGGAAUUCUAAACAAGUAGAGAGCUCCACUUUAUUUCUAGCAUAUACUUUUGGUUCAUUUCUCAGUAGUGUUUAUGAAGAAAACUUAAAGCACAAACAUUUUGGCAUGAGAUUCAUUAGAUGCUUGGCAAAUUAUCCCCUGAGAGGCAGAAGGAGAGGGUAUCUGGCCUCUCUGACCCCAGCUCUUCCAUCUGUGUGGUUCUUGCAGUUGAGUAAUUACCCUCGUUUUAUGUCUUUUACAUCCAGGCUCACCAGUUCUGAAAUCCAGAUGCCACACAAGCACCCUUCCCAUUAGGGCACUUUGAAGCAUAUAGCAGCAUAGGAAUUUACUGAAUACAGCUUAUUCUUCUGUGACAUAUGGUUUCAAACGUCUUUGCCAAAAGCCAAGCAGUGGUCAGCUAAAAAAGUCAAACUGCCCCAGGGAUAUACUGAAGCAGCUUAUAUCAAUAAAAAUACGGUGUCAGAUUCAAAAUCACAUUUAUAUUCACAUUUGAGGGCUGGUGCUAGAAUGUGCCUGAUAGUUUCUAUAUGAUAAUUGUUCUCUUAGGGCCCAGGCAUUGUGGGAACCAUAGUGCAUGGUGAAGUUGUAACAAUCCCAUUUAAGAAUAAGAGAGAAACCUGUCCAUUUCAGCAUUAUAAGCUAUCAUGUGGCAAAGGUAAUAAAGCCCUAAUCUUACAAACUUAAAAACACAAUACCCAGUGCAUUGGCACCUCCCACUUUGUCUCUCCUUGCAAGUAGAUAAGAACCCAAGAAACAGAACCUGUUUUAAACAAGACGUCGGAGCCAUUUCAUCCCUCUGUAUUCUCAUGAUUUUCUCUCAGGAAUCACACACUAGGAAUGGCAUACUUUUCAUUUAGCCCAAGGUGUCUUACUAAAAUAAAAAUAGUUCAAAAUAUUUACCUAAGAAUGGAAUCUCAGCCAUUUAGUUUUAAGUAAAAAUGAAAAUUUCAGAAUGCACAGGACGUUAAUAUCUUAAAGAAAAUGUACACCUUUCAAUAGAAAUUUAUCAUUUGACUCCAGAACGCAGUACUGUCCAUCUUGAUUGGGGGGGGGGGGGGGGACAACCAAAUAGUACCAAAUAUUUUGAAUCUUAAAUUAUGUAUUUAAAUUGAGCUUUUAACUAUAUGCCUCUUAAGGUCAGUAAUGGCAGUCCUCAUGCCAUUAUGGAAAUUAAAAUCAUGUAAGCUUCCUAAUAUCACAAACAUAUUAAAAUUCUUCUUUCCAAAGAAUUGCUUUUAAGUGACAACUUGGCUAUUUUUAUGAUAAGCACAGAAGAGAGUGUCUCACAUUUUCCAAAAGCAGGCUUUUGUUGCAUAGUCAGGUCUAGGAAAGAGUAAUGUUAAAAGUUAAUAAGCUGCUGUAAUUACUUAAUUGUGUUAGUACAGUAACUAUAGAAUAUUCACCUUGGAAAGAAAAUGUUGAGACAUUAUAAGUUCUUAGGUAUUGACAAAAUUCAAAAGAAUGCAUGUUUUACAUUGUGACACAUAAAAACAGUGUAUUUUAAAAAAUAAAGAUGGUAGCAUGAUUUCUAAAUCUUUAAAAGGCAUAAAAUAAUGGACAAUGGAUAGAGGAAAUUCUAGAGAAAAUGCAGGUAUUCAAAGAAGGAUAGUUUCAAAGUUAGAUAUAUUUUGAAGGAUAAAUAUUUAUUAGCAAAUAUAUUGUAAGAAUUUCUAUUAAAGUCAUCCGGCAACUAUGAAGUUGAUAACGUUCCAAAACAUGUUUUAUGGAAAAGCUUUUCCGAGCAGUUACCAUUUCAAAGGGUGACCUGAGCAAACUACCAUACUCCUUACUUCGUGGGAAGAAGCAGCCAUGUGAAACUAACGCUUGUUAUGCAAGCCUAAGAAUGUUCACUGUAAAUAAUAAUAAUAAUAAAUUUUAAAAAGGCACAUAUUUCCUGUGCCACCAAGAUUUUUUGAAAACUGGUAAAACCCAAAUCCUUGAUCAUAUGCACUUGAUACAUUCAGAUGUAUGAUAUGGAACAUUGCUACAUGUUUCCACAGUAGAAAAACUUACUGAGACUGCAAAAGCCUAUCACGCAAUAGAAGUCCCCAGGUAAUUAGUAGUGGUGUUCUCUUCAAAAGCAUACGAAAAUAGCAUUUUCAUUUCUUAUUAAUGCAAUUUUCAACCUAGUUGUGUUACAUACCUAUAUCUCAAGCAUUUCUGACUUGUACUUUUUCAGAAAAUAAGCCACAAUAUUCCUUUGGCCUUUUCUAUCUUCUGACCUUUGUAAACAACAGAAAUGUAGAAAGAGGAGGGGUCUGAUUUUUUAAAUGUUUUUUUUCCUCAGUUUGUUUGUUUGUUUUAAUGACGUACGAAUCAGCUCUUCAAAAUGUUUUGUUUCUUAGCAUUCCCAGGGAGUUGAGAUAAAUGAAUGAACUUCCAUCACCAUAUUUAUGUUUCCUUGAUACUGGUGCUCUGGCUGUCAAGAAGAAAACAAGAGCCUCUUGAAAACUAAUACAGGCUUUUUUCAAUCAUCUAUUUAAAUAUUGUUACAGCAGUUUGAAGGUUAUAUGGUAGGAAAGUGAGAUGAUUUUUCUUGGAAACCUCUUUUAAAAUUCACACUGUCCUAAAACAUGGGCUUUCUUCUUUUAUUCCAGUAUUUUCCACAAGGUGGCACUUUGGGGCUGGGGGCCUGGGGGUGGGGGUGGGGGCUAGGGAGGGGGAAAUCUGAGCAAAGCUAAAGAGGUACUUCUAAAAUCUUCAUUCUAACCUUGUUUUUCUGCACAUAUUUUACUCUUGCUUAGCACUUGUUUGUCAGGAUGAUGAACAGUGUUCGUAACAUUCUAGAACUUAAAUAUUUUAGUUGUUAGCUAGGUUCUGAAUGAUGAUCUGCAGGGAAGUUGUUCUUGAGAAUGGAUAAUAUACUCAUUUUGAUCAUUUAAGUGCAUCAAGAGAGCCUAGUCAUCCAUUUUUUCAAGAAGCAUUUUUUUAAGGUAUUUAAUUACCUUACUUUUAUAGGUGCAGAAGUUACAAGGAUGUACAGGCUUAUUAGCUAAAAGGCAACACUCAUCUGUGAGCAGGGUAGUUUUGUUAGGAAUGUAAAACUCCUCCAGUGGCCUCAGCCAAAAAUACCUAUGCCCACUGUCUGCUGUUCUCAUAUUUCCUACCAUGAUGGUCUUUAAACACUGAUUAAAAUUUUAAAUCCUAAUUUAAAGAUCAGAUGAGCAAAGAAGUAACAUCAGUAUGUAAGUACACAAAACUAUUUUUUUUCUAAAGAAUUGCCAUGCUGAAAUACAGCCCUUAAAUGCUAAAAGACCUGGUAAUUUUUUUUUUUUACAUUUAUGUAAUCACAAGUGUAAAUUCACAAGAAAUUCUAAUUUUUUAAAAGUCCUGUCCAAGCAUGUGAGCAUAAUAACCUAGGAAUAUAUUUACAUAAAUCUUUAAUUUCUCCAUUAGUGAAAUUCUUUGGCAACUACACACACACACACACACACACACACACACACACACACACACUCCUAUGUUUUAAUUCACAGGUCUGCUCAGAGACGCAUUACCCCCAGAUGAUUUUAGUUAAUUUUAGAAAUCAUUUUCCUCAGUAAGUGUCACAGAAAUUUAGGAGGAAGGAAAUAGUACUUUUCAGAGUUUCCUUAUUAGCACGGCAUGACAGAAGGCAGUUUAUUCCUUCUGAGUGGCAGAAACUCCAUCCUGCCUGCCUAACUUUCCUGCAGAGUAGCGGGCAGGCGAGUCUCACUAAUUCAUACUGAAUCAAAAUGGGGCUGUCACCCUAGGGGCUGUCAAAAGCUCUUCGGGAACCCAGCCUCGUCCCUCUGCUCAGAAUCCCACUGAAGUAGAUUCCAAUUUAAGCCCCUAAAUGGAAGGCCGAAUUCCAACCUCGAGUGUUAUCAGUUGGGCCAGUCUGAACUCUAUUUGCUCGCGGUGAACACUUGACGCCCACCUGAAAACCCUCUGGGAGCGCUGCGCCGUCACUCCGCCCCUCUGGCCGCAGAGAGGCAGUGGGCGGAGCUGGCUGGGUCCCGCUCGCCGCUCACCUGUUCGUGCCUGAGAUGACGUACAGACCCGGAGGGCUACUGUCCGAGGUCCAUGUGCCCUGCUGCUGUUUCAGAAGCACCUGUUCUGCCGUCUUAGGAAAUAGAAUGCCCCUAGAAGCAAACGGGUGUCUUCUGUGCAUAAGUAAGUACAACACAAUUCUUCGAAAGUUCGGGUAUAAAGAGAUGCUGGUCUGUAUGAAGCGUCUACCAGGCAUCUCUCAAGCUCUAAGCUCAGCUUUUUUUUUUGUUUGUUUUAAAGAGAAGAUGUAUAAUUACAGGAAAGAUUUUUUAUUUUUUUAUUUUCUAUCAUUCUACAUAUACGAUGGCAAAAGAUAAUGCGUGGAAGAGUUUUGUUUUGAAAAUGUGUUUAUUUUCUGCUUAGGCAAAAGCUCCUAACUCUUUCGUUUCUGAUCUCUUCUUUUGUUUUUGUCGAAUAGUUAAAGGUAUGUAAGCAAAUUAUCUCAUGUAGUGUAGGGGAUUUUCCUGUUUGGAGGAAACUUUUGUGUGAGUUGUUUUGUCAAGCAAAUAAUCAACCCCUUCUCUACUUGAGGAGUUUGAAUUGUCACAUACAGGUUUCCUUAAAGGGGGCACAUAACUGUACAUAUUGCUAUAAAGAACUGUGACCGUAGCACUAAUGAGCAAGCAUAGAGCCCCACACAGUUCAUUUAAUUUCUAACGCUCUGUGGUUUCUGGCCAAAUUCUGUUGACAUGCUUAGGUUACGGUCCUGAAGAUACCCUUUGUACCCUUAACUUGAAGUUUUCUACUCUUAAGUAAUUGAGAUGCAAUAAUAUGUAUUAGCUAGCAAUAUUUCUGUGAUCACCAGCAACUCCUGAUUUAACCUAGAAGUCUCUGAAUAAUUAAAAUAAAUCCCAGCAGUAAUACAUUUCUUGAACCACCCUCCCCCAGGUGCAUUAUAUAGCUUGUCAUCUUGGUCCUGUGUUUGCAACAAUGUAUACGUGAAUAUUAGAGUUCCUCACUUAACUUUGUAUUCAUGUGUUUUCCUAUGACCAGUAAUAAAUAUAUUAGUUAGUACAUGGAAUAAAUAGCAGCAACGACACCUAGAAUCAGCACUUAACAAGGUGGGGAAUUUCUAUUUCAAGUUGUUCUGCAUUUGCGUAAAUUAUUUCUGUUAUUAUUCAUGUAUGUUAUUUAUUUCUGAAUCACACUAGUCCUGUGAAAGUGCGCCUUAAAGGAGAUGGCAUUAGGAUUUGCAUUUAAUGUUCAUUACCAUGGUCUUGAUGGAGCUAAGUAAAUUAAAAUUAGACUAAGCCCCGAAAUAAGCUGCAUGCAUUUUAACAUGAUUAGUAGAACUUAAGUUUGUAGGUGUUUUCGUAUCUAGGUGUUUUAUCAUUAUGUAAAGGAAUUCAAGUGGAGGACUUUGUAGCUUUUCUUUUGUCAAAUAUGCGUAUAGUAUAGUGUGAAGAUACAGCAAAAAUUAAAACUUGAGAUACAAAGCAUCAGAUACUGCCUUAAUUUAGGGACUCUGCCAGAUGGCCAUCAGAGUAGAGGCCAGGCAGAGACAGGGGCUUGGGUGGUGCCUCCUCUUACCUGGCCUCGAGAAGAAGCUUCCCCCUGAUAUCUGGUGCCCUUCUGGUAUCGUGUGCCGUAGUGGGAACAGGUGGUACUGUUGCAAGAACAGCGUGAGAGUUUUCUGUAGAAGUAAACUGUCAGCUUGUGCCUUGAGGCUUCCAGAAUGUGUCGGAUGGAGAAGUUCAAGUUCUGUGCUUCAAGCACCUUGGUUUUGUACAGAAGCGAUUCACUCUGGUCAUAAAAGAAGGACUACAUGUACAGUAGUCAACAAUGGAUUUUAACAACCGACAGUCCCCAGCACCUCAGAAGCAUGUUGCAUUUCUGGUAUUUUAGGUUUUGAUCUGAAGGUUAAUCGGCAAGUGUCUGGUAUAGAAGAACAGUAGGUGUUAAGAAAAGCACAAUAUCGGUUCCCGUAGAAAUUAGAACUAGAGGGUUUAUAAGAUUAUCAUGUCAGAGAUGUCUAAAUGCAUGUUUUCACUGUAAAAUGUAGUAGCAUAGUGUCUUUGCAUUCCCAUAGGGCCUAGUUAAAGCUUUUAUUCGAGGUUUUCAGCAAAGCUGUCAUACCCAGUGAGCUUCUUCUUUUCUUUUUUCUUUUGUUUUUGUUUUUGUUUUUUUUUUGGACUUAUAACAGAAAAUGUGUUAAACGUAGGGAAAAAAUCUUAAUUUGGACACUUGACUUGUUGGUUUCUGUGUUUAAAGUCACGGUUCUGGAGAUGUAGAGAUUGUGCAUGUGCAUGUGCACGUCCGAUACUAAUCUAGGCUGUGUGAACCAGCCCAGGAUAACCGAUGUCCUCCCAGGCCCUGCAUCCUUCCUCCCUCCCUCCCACUGCUCCCUUCCCCUGACCCGUCCAGGCCUGUCUGCAUGGUGCUCUUUAUUCUCUUCGGCCACUCUCUGGGCAUCAGGGACAUGACAAGAGAGAUGCUUUAGGCAUCACGGGUGUGCCUGCCCAGGCUUGGCCACCACUUUUACUUGACCUUUGGCUGGGCACAGAGUGUGCUCACAACACCAAUCACAGAUACCCUCUAGCAUGUUUGUAUGCAUCUUGAUUUCCAAACCAAGUCCUCUACAGAGCAUUCAGUUUUGGCUGUGGUACAAAGAGAAAAACUAAACAAGACUAUAAACCACAUUCCAGGCUGCUGUUUUCUAUCCAUCUACAGGCCAUACUUUUACUGUAUUUCUUCAUACUUGAAACUCAUUCUGCUAUUUUGAUAUCAGGGUACAGACUUACAAGGGUGCAUGUUCCUUAAAGGUGCAAAAUUACUCUCAUUCCGUUUGCUCAUGUUGCUACAGAAUGCUGUUUUGGUGCUUUGAGUUGAGCAGGUCAAAGAAGCAGUGUGGAAAUUCACUGCCUGGAACACAGUCUUACAAGAAUGUUGGCAGAUGGCUUGGUGUUAGAUAGUGCUUCUGCUCUUUCCUCUGUACACAAGGUUGAAAGUUACCACACUGGCCUGUCAGGUUCACCUGGGUAUCCUUUCUCACAGAGCACAGAAACCCUGUGCUCUCCCCAAAUGUGGGUGCGGUGCAGCUCUCUGAAAGCAGGGACCUUUCUACAUACCAGAUAAUUUAGCCCGCAAAGAAAAAUGGCUGUGGGUGUAGACAGGGGCAGGAUGGGAAAGGCCCUCUCACUCUAGCGACCAUCCCUCCAUUCCGUACAGAAAGCUCUCCUGGGGCAAUAAAAAAAAGAAAGAAAGAAAAGAAAAAGUGAAAGAAAGAAAGCUUAUCUGUUAAGAUACCCCCUUCAUAGCAUCCUGAGCUAAAUGAUCUCGCUUCUUUCCCUUUAGGUAGUUUGAAAAGACAAGUCAGUUUAUCUAGACUAUUCCUACCUGAAGAGGAAAAUAGAAAAGUAGAUUGUUUGUAUCAUGUAAACCAUGUAAUCCAAGGACUGCCAAAACUUACAUUAAAUCCCCCAUCACUAGAAAUCUGUUUAAGUAGCUCAAGUAAAAGAUGCUUUAUGACCGGGACUGCCUGAGGUCAGAGGCAGCCAUUCUAGCAUGCGCCGUACUCUGAGACUUAUUUGGAGAGAGAGAACUGCCCGUGCUGACGCUGUUACUGUGGCCAAGGUAGCACGUCAGAAAAUUCAGAGGGUUGCAGAUCACAGAUCCUUUGGAAACUGGAUGUCUUACCGGGUGCUAGAAUGCAAAUUUAGGUAUUUAUUGUCAGAUAAUGGAAUUCAUUGUUUUAUAAGAAUUAGUGUUGAAACGUCACUGUCCAGUUCAUUGUUUUCACUUAUGCACAAGCGAAAUUGAAGCAAAAAGAGCAAAUGGUUUGUAUAUUUGUCAUACCUUUUGUAUUUCUUACAAUAAAAAUAUUGGUAGCAAAUAAAAUAAUAAAAAACCCAACAA